CUCGCCACGGCCUCGUCCGAUCGAGCAGCCAGUGUGUCGACAUGCUCCUCGUCAAGAAGCACAUCGAGCGCGACGGCAGCGGCUUUGUCACCCUCCGUCCACAAGACGAUGAGGACAUGUGGCACGCCUACAACCUCAUCUCCAAGGGCGACGAGCUCCGAGGGUCUGCAGUCAGGCGCAUCACGAGCGAGAGCGCAACUGGCUCGACCUCGUCGCACCGCGUCCACCUUCGUCUGACGAUCCAGGUCGAGAACGUCCUCUACUCAGCACUCGCCGCCUCGGCAGAUGCCGCCGCCGCCGCCGCGUCCGACCCGUCCUCCUCCUCGGCUCCCUCUGCCGCCGCCGCGUCCGGCACAGCCGGCACGACGACGCUCCACGUCUCGGGAAAGAUCACGAGCGAGAACGAGCACGUCAAGAAGGGCGCCUACCACACGCUCGACCUCGAGAUCGGCCGCGACUUCAGCAUCAUCAAGGGCGAGGGCGAGUGGGACUCGGUCGCGCAGGAGCGGCUGCGCGAGAUGACCGAGCCAGGGCGAGGCGCAGACGUUGGCGCCAUCGUCUGUGGAGAAGGUCAAGCCAACAUCUGCAUCAUCACGAACCACACGACGAUCAUCAAGCAGCGCAUCGACGUGCCCGUGCCGAGGAAACGGAAAGGCGGCGGGACGGCGUUGGGCGCAGAGCGAGCGAGCGGCAAGUUCCUCAACCAGGUCUACGACGCGGCGACCCGCCACUUCAACUUUGACGAGCUCAAGGUCCUCAUCAUCGCGUCGCCCGGCUUCACCAAGGAGACCGUGCACUCGUUCUUGAUCGAGGAGGCGGUGCGACAAGGCAACAAGGCGCUGCUGUCGGCCAAGAGCAAGUUCCUCCUCCUGCACUCGCCGACGCACCACGUCCACUCGCUCACUCAGAUAUUGUCAAGCCCUGAGGUCUCGUCGCAGCUCAAGAACACCAAGUUCGCGCAAGAGGGCGUCAUGCUCGAGAAGUUCUUCAAGAUGCUGGACGAGAACCCGCUGCGAGCGUGGUACGGCGAGGGCCACGUCCUGCGGGCGGCCGAGCGUGGCGCCAUCAGCAAGCUCCUCGUCUCGGACGAGCUCUUCCGAGCGCCGUCGGUCGCGCGCCGCCGCAUGUUCGUCAAGCUCGUCGAGGACGUCAAGGCGUACGGCGGCGAGGUGCUCAUGUUCUCGUCGAUGCACGAGUCGGGUCAACAACUGAACCAGUUGACGGGCAUCGCGGCGCUGUUGAGCUUCCCGCUCGACAUCGAGGUCAUCGAGGAGGAGGAGCGGGUCGAGGCGGAGGAGAAAAAGGCGCGAGAAGGGGUCGACGGCGAGGACGAGUCUGGCGUUGCAUAAUUCGCAGUACAUUGUCGCCUGCACGUUCAAGCUGCACGCU